UGCCCUAGCUAGUUGCUUCCUCUCCUCCACACACAAACACACACACACAAAUACUUUUUUCCUUCCAAGAUUCAGCACGAGCUCAUCAUUCGCAGUGGAGCAAGCUGACGGAAGCGGACGAGUGGAGUGGAGUACCCUGAGCUCCGGCGCCACACGUAUCGAAGGGGUAGCGUUGGGGACUAGAGUGUGCGGAGGCGCGUCCGUACGGCACGCGCACGAUGUCGGCGGCGUCGGGCGCCGCGUGUCGCGUGUGCGGUGGCGGCGUUGAGGACUGCUCUUGCUUGCUGCAGCGCGGUAGAGGAGCUGGGGGGUUGCGGUGCGGGGUGGCGGACCUGAACCGGGGCUUCCCGGCGGGAUUGUUCGUCCAGGCGGCGGAGGAACCGGCCGUGGUCGACGUCGCAAACGGCGGUGGCGCGGCGGCGGUGGGGCUGCAGGAGUUCCAGUUCUUCGGCCAGGACGACCAGGAGAGCGUGGCGUGGCUGUUCAAUGACCACACGCCCGUCGGUGGGGAGGACCGCCUGCAGCACCGGACGUCGGCCACCGAGCACCAACAGCGCCGCCAGGUGUUCGACUCGUUCGCCGAAUACCAGCCUGGACACGGCCUCACGUUCGACGUGCCGGUGACGCUGCCGCUGAGUCGAGGUGUCGACAUCGCGGCCGGGUUGGGGCUCGGCGGCGGCAUCCCGGCGACUUCCGGCGCCACAAUCAUGCCAUUCUGCGGGAGAGAAACGUUGACGUUCACUGACGCCUCGGCGAGCUCCAUCGACCCCAACGACGAUGCGGCGGCGGGGCUGGCCAACGGCGGCGCGUACCCGGCCGGCCCGAGCGGUGUCAUGGGCGCGGACGUCCUGGCGCCGACGGAGCAACGGGAGGCGAAGCUCAUGCGGUACAAGGAGAAGCGCAAGAAGCGGCGGUACGAGAAGCAAAUCCGGUACGCGUCCCGCAAGGCCUACGCCGAGAUGCGGCCGCGCGUCAAGGGACGCUUCGCCAAGGUGCCCGACGGCGGCGACGGCGAGACGACGCCGCCGCCGCAGCAGCCGGCCGCUGCCUACGAACCCGGCCGACUCGACCUCGGGUGGUUCCGCUCGUAGCGAAGCACACAUGCAUACACGUGCACGCAGUACGGUAGGACGGUGGCUCGAUCAUGUGGGUGCAUGCCGCCGUAGGUAGGAGGUUGCCGAACUUGCCAUGCAUGAGUUGCCGCUAGUUAUCUCUCAUAGAUCGUCGUGUAUAGAUCGGAUCAAUUCCUCGCUUAUUUCUUGGUAUAUAAAGAGCUCAUAAUUAACAUUCAGAGCCGAGGAUUUUUUUUA